GCCUGGACGGGCAUUCGACGUUGCGAAAGAGGGGGAGGCAAAUUGCGAGAUAGGCAGACACUUGUUGAGGGUCCAACGGCGAGUGCGCCAGCGACAUGGCACCCUCCCGUAUCUCUUGCCGCUGAUGGGCCCUCUGCCGCAGGCCAGCCUGCAUUUCCACGCUGCAGUCCCCUGGCUGUGCUCUCCACUCCGCGCUGCAACCCUCUGGCUCUCGUACAGUAUUGGCUGCGCCGUGAUGCUGCACGCCUCUCGCCGCGCGCGCUGGCAUUGGAGAGCACGGCCUUCUUCCCCGCACCUAGGACGGGCCGACACGAAUCGUCAUGGGCCCGCAGCCGGGGCCAUCCUCGCAAACGACGCAAGCAAGCAAAAAGCAACCGUCCCGCGCUCGCGCAAAGCGUCAUGCGGCAUUUAUGCCCGGAGGGGUUCCUUUGGCGAUCGUCGUUCCUGCUCGCUAUGGCGCAGAUUGCGAUUAUUGAUGAACGGCAUCCAAAACACCAUCGCUUCGUAUCCCCACACGGUGGCGUCUAUCGUGGACGCCGAGAGUCUCACACCAACCGCCCCCAGCCUCGUCUGUGCAAGACGCCCCGCUCUGCCAGGAGUACCGUCCCUCGCCGCCAGUAGUACCGUCUCGAGCAUUCCGGAAAUUGGCAGUUUCCGGCUCCAUAGCGACCACUUGCUCGGAAUCCGACCAAGCAAUCACACCACCGCGCAUCAUACAGUACAUACGUCUGACCCUCCGAUCCAUUAUGUCAUCGAUUCAAAACUCGAUGCCGUGCACUUAAUUCCUGUGCGACGACUGGACCGAAAUCCUGCUCAAGCCUCUGACCACGUUGGCGUGAUCUAGGCAGGUUUCGUACACCCCUGGCAGCUUCGCUAGCUCGGAAAUCAAUUUAGCACACGUUCGGGCUGAUGCCGAGUCAGAUCUAGCGAUCGAAGGAUUCGCGAUAUCCGCCUACGGGUCCGCUUGUGACUGCAUCGAGGCUACGAAAGAAAGGCCGAAGAAGGUUUCUUGCGAAAGGGGCCUGACCAGACCCAUUGACGCAGGCACUCUGACGACGGCCAGGGUGGAUGUAGACAAAAAUACCACCUCUCCUACAGCGGCUCUCCUCCAGACACGUCAGAGGAAGCAAAAGCGCAAUUUCAGACG